AUGCGUGGUGCCCGCUUGCCCUCCUGGUACUGGUUUGAAUGCUUUGGACGGCGCCUGGGGUCUGUGUGUGGUCCCCAGCAGUACAUGGAGCCCCCCCCACCCGGUGUGUCUGUUUUUCAGAUGCGGCCCUCGCUGGUUCGCACCGAAAGCCCCAAUUUCCUGUGCUCGGUGCUGCCGCCCCACUGGCGCUACAACAAGACGCUGCAACAAGACGCUGCCUUGGUGGUGCUGAACAACGUGCCGGACAGGACGCUGGUCACCAUCAUAGCCAAUAACGACACGAACCACUCGGCAGAGCUGCGCAGCGCCAGCGCCACGGUCACACAGCAGGUGGCGCACGUCAGCGAUCUGCGCUUCGUGGGCCGCAGCGGCCCAGGUGGGUGGGGGAGUCCGACCAUGACAGUGUUCAGGACUCAACCCGAAGUGGCCACCUACCAGCACACCGUCAAGAUCAUGGUGGACGGCCUUCGCGAACCCCGUCGCGAGUCCACCUCUAGUCCUCAUGGCCCCUGGUCCUGCUUGUCUGUGCACCUGCCUCCCGGGGCCCCUUUUACAUGUUCAUUUAUUCAUUUAUCAGAGACUUUUCUCCAAAGAGACAAACAUCUCAUAGAAAAUACAAUGUGGCAGAGACAGAAAGACGAGGACUCUGCCAAGCCAUGCUCCCUGGCACAGUCUGAGCAACUGAGGCUGCAGGAAUACACUUGUGGAACAACUUACUAUUAA